CCUGACCAGUGUAUAAUGCUACUGUAAUGCCGCAGUUUGUGGUUAAGGAGAGACCCACGGUGCACUCCAAUCGUUCUGCUAACAAGCAGAGAACACUUAUGCAGUGAACAUUUGCAUGGGAUCUGCUGUCAGCCAUAACUCAUGCCAGUCAUUUGCACUCUCCACACUGCUAACUAUGCUAACACUCAGCGAAGCUCAGUCAACUCUCGCCAGCUGACGUCACAGGCGUUGCAGGAGACAAAAAGCGAGUAAAAAAUCCAUGAAAAUCAUGACAAAAUGUCUAAAACUAACGAUUAUGUCACUUCUUUUUAUUUCACAAACAAGACGGAGCCGCCUGUUAGUACCGUGAGAUGGGGGAGGGGCCCACAGUGCCGACCACUGCUCUUUGAGAAGAGUGAUGUGUGCUUUUACAUUUUUUACACGUUUAGGUCUUUGAUCAUGUUUUUCGUCAAGCUUUAUGAUUAUACACUUUGUCGGGCAGUCCUUGAAAGCACCACAGUUGUGAGACGCAAAAGCGAAAGUGAAAUAGAUCGAUGUCUGAAGAAAGUAGCGGAAGGAGUGGAACAGUUUGAAGACAUUUGGCAAAAGCUUCACAAUGCAGCCAACGCCAAUCAGAAGGAGAAGUAUGAAGCCGACCUCAAGAAGGAGAUUAAAAAGCUGCAGCGUCUUCGAGAUCAGAUCAAGACGUGGGUGGCGUCCAAUGAGAUCAAAGACAAACGGCAGCUGGUGGAGAACCGUAAACUCAUAGAAACUCAAAUGGAGCGUUUCAAGAUUGUGGAAAGAGAGACCAAGACCAAAGCGUACUCCAAAGAGGGUCUUGGUCUGGCCCAGAAGGUGGACCCGGCGCAGAGGGAGAAGGAGGAGGUCGGCACGUGGUUAACGAACACGAUAGACACGCUGAACAUGCAGGUGGACCAGUUUGAGAGCGAGGUGGAGUCACUCUCCGUCCAGACGAGAAAGAAGAAAGGAGACAAGGAGAAGCAGGACCGGAUCGAGGAGUUGAAGAAGUUCAUCGAGAAGCAUCGGCACCACAUCCGGAUGCUGGAGACCAUACUGAGGAUGCUGGACAACGACUCUGUGCCGGUGGACGCCAUCAGGAAGAUCAAGGACGACGUGGAGUACUACCUGGACUCGUCACAGGAUCCAGACUUUGAGGAGAACGAAUUUCUGUAUGACGACCUUGACCUGGAGGAUAUCCCACCGUCACUGGUCGCCACAUCCCCGCCGGGACACUCGCAAUUGGAGGAUGAGAUUUUUCAGAACUCCAGCAGCACGCCCACCUCCACCACCUCGUCCUCACCUAUUCCUCCCUCGCCCGCCACUUGCACAACGGAGAACUCGGAAGACGACAAAAAGCGAGGACGCUCAACUGACAGUGAAGUUAGUCAGUCCCCCGUGAAAAACGGCAACCCCUCUUUGUCGUCAUGCUCUUCAUCCUCAUCGUCGUCCUCCUCCUCAUCUGUCUCGGGACUGACCUCGUCCUUGUUGGUCUCCAUGGCGACCAUUGCCAGUGGAGGCAGCAUGACAGCCGGCAGCUAUAGUAACGCCACCCAGCAGCAGUCGCAGGUGGCGCAUCAACAGGCCAAAACCCCCAUUAGCUCCUCCCCAUUGGCGCCCGCCGCCAAUCCUGGCAGCUCAAUCAACAGCUACCCCGCCCCUUCCGCCUCGUCUCCUCCCAACAGCAACACAAUGGGGUUCUUCAUGUCCAACUCGCAGCCUCCGCCACCCUCGCGGCCCACUCCCCCUUCCAAUAGCCUCGGACUGGGCCUGAGUCUGUCCUUGACGAAAGGCACCGUCUCCGGUUCCACCAGCCCCAUGUCCACGGGCCUCGGCCUGUCGGGGAUGCCGGCGUCCCUGAGCACCAUGGCAAGCCUUCUGUCCAACUCCACCCCGGCACCUUACGCUCAGGCAGCCGCAUCGGGCGCCGUGGGCUCCAGCCUGCUGGGCUCGCUAAGUGGCAUCAGCGCGCUAAGCAGCAGCAGCGUGGGGGGUUCUGUUGGUGCCGGAAGCAUCACAGUCGGUGGGCCGACAUCCUCCACAAGUAGUCUGCUGGGUUCGGCGUCGGGCUCAGGGAUUCUGGGUUUGGUUUCCAGCCAGUCUGGGGUUCAGGGGUCCUCAUUGGUGGCACAGAGCUCGGCAGGUUUAACACCAGUGGGCAACGUGGGUGUCAUCGGGAGCAACGGGGGCAGCUCAGGACCUGUUGGCAGCGCCGGACUUUCUAUCAGACCCCCCAGCCAACAGAAGCAGAACGGAACCAGCAGCUACAGCUCUGUGGUAGCAGACAGCACGACAGACUCCUCCCCCAACAGCACCAGCCAAUCACAAAGCUGCCAAACUUUGUCUUUGACCUCAACAACCAACCAGCUUAAGGACACUGGUCCCAGUUUACUGGGCUCCUUGACCUUGUCGUCCAGCUCGCUGUCUCCAGCAUCCUACAGCGAGGCCAAGAUGGUGAACAGCGUUGGCGGUCUGCUCAACGGACCACUGUCCUACUCAUCAGACAGCAUCAAGCCCCAGGAGCCCCUCAGCAGCCUGAAGUCCAUGGCCGAGCGAGCAGCAAUCAGCUCAGGGAUGGACGGAGACAUGCCUCCUCUGCACCUCCCCACGGAUAUCUUCCCCAGCACAACGGCCUCGUCGGGCCCUCCCUCAGCCUCGCAGUCCUCCCUGUCCGAGGUCAGCAUCCCCCCCUCGCUGGGCGUGUGCCCUCUGGGGCCGGCGCCCCUGUCCAAAGAGCAGCUGUACCAACAAGCCAUGGAGGAGUCGGUGUGGACGCACAUGCCCCACCCGUCUGACUCCGAGAGGAUCAGGCAGUACCUCAUGAGGAACCCCUGCCCCACCCUGCCUUUCCACCACCAGAUGCCACCGCCUCAUUCGGACACCGUGGAGUUCUACCAGCGGCUUUCCACGGAAACCCUUUUCUUUAUCUUUUACUACCUGGAGGGCACCAAGGCUCAGUACCUGGCGGCCAAAGCCCUGAAGAAGCAGUCAUGGAGGUUCCACACCAAGUACAUGAUGUGGUUCCAGAGGCACGAGGAGCCCAAAACCAUAACGGACGAGUUUGAGCAGGGAACCUACAUCUACUUCGACUACGAGAAGUGGGGCCAGCGCAAGAAGGAAGGCUUUACCUUUGAGUACCGCUACCUGGAGGACCGUGACCUCCAGUGACGAGGAGGUGUUCCAUCCUCAUCUUGGUAUUCCUGGAUUGGACCUCAGCGUGUCGGCCAAAGGGGACGCUCUGACCCCGCCUCUGUUUGCACCUCCAUCCCUUUUUUCUUGUGUACUUCAGUUAAGAAGCCCUGUUCCGCUUUUGCCCCGGAACACCAAAGAUUAUUGGCUGUCAAAAGCGUGCAGGCCCCGCCCCCUCCUGUUACUAAACAAGCUGCGGCACCAACUCGGGAGGAUGAGCUGACUUCCUGUUCUGGUUCUGCUCCAACAAGGGCUCGUCUCACCACCUGUCAAACUGCCUUUACCAGACAGGACUCCUCCUUGGGGCUCCUGUGAUGGUCGCCAUGGAGACGUCACAUUUAUUUGUGGCCUGCCAACAUGAGAAUGUUCUCUGAGCUACCUGAGAAGAAUGUACGUCCUCUUGGCCAUGAAGACACUUUAAAGGACGUUCCAGCUGAAAUGUGCACUUGUGUGCAUGACUCCUCCUACUCCUGCCGGCCACACCCCCCCCGAGGCUCAGGGUCCCACUCGGCUCCUCGCCGCACACCGUCCUCUCUGGCGCCAAGUUUGCUUCACGUCUCAGGAAGUGUUUGAUGGUCUAAUGAGGGAGCUUUUCUUUGUCUCCAGCGUGGCCCUUAUCAUUUCACUAAAGGCUUUUUUAAGACUACAACAUUUAUCCUCCAAUGUUUGGAGCAGCACCUGGACGAGAGACCAUCUUUAUAUUUUAUAUUUUCUAUUUUGUUAGAGGGUAUAUUUUUUUGGUUUUUAUCUCGGAGCAAACAGAGGAAGCGUUUUCAUUCAAGGAGCGCCUGACUGACUUUUGACCAUUUGUUGACCUCGGUGUUUGGGCAGGAAGAAGUGGUCGGCGUCUGCCUCUCCUUCCUUUUGGAGCUUUGUUUUUGUUGUCGGGACAGCACGGAGAAGUAAAUAAUGACAUAACCAUCAAUAAAGGAUUGUAAAAUAUGAAU